GCCUCUGAGAAGCGUUUUUGGUGCAGUUUUAAAGUCAUAUGUCCUUUAACCACUUCCCGUCUGGACAAUGUACACAAACGGCCAGAUGGGAGCAGUGCCAAAGCGGGUUGCCAUUUAUAAAUGGCCCCCACAUUCACUGCCUGCUGUUGUGAAUAGCCCUGUACCAUGUGACCUCUGUGAUCAUUCACAGAUUUCACACGUAGUAAGCAAUGAUGUCAGGAAGUGACAUCUUGCUUACUACUGUUCAUGUGAUCACCGAUUGGCCAAUCAAUGAUCACAUGCAGAGUUUAAGCAAGAUGUCACUUCUGACAUCAUUGCUUACUACGUGUGAAAUCUGUGAAUGAUCACAGAGAACAACAUGGUACAGGGCUAUUCACAACAGCCUUGUACCA